CAGGGUUGUGAUUUGGCAGCGUACAGCAAUGACAUGGCCUACGACAGAGAAUGUGCGCCGUAGGAGCUUGCUUCUCCUGUUAAUCGCCUUACUCGCAGCGAUGAUUGUGAAAGCAAAUGAUAAAGCAAGACCAUUUACCCGCCUUCAGUCAACAACGGGCAAUGUUGUGGAUACCCAUGGACAGCAACUUGACCAUAACGAGCAACAAAGGAAUCAAGAGACACUUGAUGAUCGGAACGGAAAGGAAAGACAGCAAGCCAAGAGAAAGAGACGACUGCAGCAAGCAGCAAGCGGUUUUGAUCAUUACUGGUCGGCGACUAAGCGCAAGAGAGCAAACAUUGACUUCCGCUCCAGCAUAUAA